CUCAACGCCAUUGUAAUAUUAUUGUUAUUUUUGCAAGGUCAGUAGCAAAUAUGGCUUAUCUGCUAAUGGAAGUAGUGCGUUCUUGUUCGGUAUUAUUACUUUUAUGCAUAUGUCUAUUGUUGUUCACAGGAUGCGGAUACACGGACGUGGUGUACACUCCGACCCAGUUCGGCUACGGAGGCCGGUUAGGCGGAUGGUCACUGGGCGGUGGACUAUAUGGAUUCUCCGGUAACUGCUCCUUCCGGCCGGUCGGAUGGGGCUACUACACAACCACCGCGUCGCCCGUGUCCACCACCAUCGGUCCCGGGGAUUCCCAAGUGUAUAACUGCGGCUUUGAUCCCGCGGAGAGCAAGACCUUUGGUUACUGGGGCUACGAAGUACCGGCACCGCCAGUCGGAAUGUCGUAUCCCAAUGUCGGAUGGCCGUAUUCCAUGCCGUAUCCGUACUUUACGCAGCCAACAUACGGACCUGUGGGACUUCCGUAUUAUGGCGUCCCGGUAGCGUAUUAUAAUCCGUAUCUUUUUGGCUUUGGUCGAUAUGACGGGAUCUAUGGAAGCGCGCGUAAUCCUGGCUACGCGAUACCGACACCGAAACCUCGUUUGACGCUAAACUCCCCGGUUUACAAAGGAUUUCGCUUCGGACCUGGAGGACAAGUCGUGGACUAUUACAAGAAAUAACCGUGCAAUAUUCUUCUACUAAAGGUGUAAUUUUUUCCGUUACAACGGAACUUUCUUUUGUUAAUAAGCGCUGUGUUUAUUUUGCUAUUAAUUUUUUUGUUUUGUUUGUUGCAAAUUCGUUGCUGAUGCAGAUGUUCCGAAUGAUAGUUUCGAAUAUAUGUUUGUAGUAGAAGUGCCAAACGUUUUCCGCAAGAUGGCUAACAAAAUAGUCGUGACAUUGUGUAUUGUCUACUUGAAGGCCUACUGGAUUACUGUAAACCGAAAAGACGAUGAUAUUAUAGAACCGCAUUGAUCAAA